UACAGAGAUAAAUGGAGAUAUGGAAGAGAAGCUAAAGAUGAUUGUGGAGAGAAUGAAAGAGAGGGAUAACCAGGGAGAGCACAUACUGCUGGGAGGAGACUUUAAUGCGAGGACAGGUACGGAGGGUGCGCUGGUAGAAGGAAUGGAAGAGGAGAAAGAGAGAUGCUCAAAAGAUAAGAAAAUAAACAAGGACGGAAGGAUUCUAAUAAAGGUGAUGGAAGAAGAAGGAUGGGGAAUAAUGAACGGGAGAAAGCAGGGAGAUGAGAAGGGAGAGUGGACUUACUCAGGAGGUAGAGGAGAAUCGGUGAUAGAUUAUGCAAUAGGUAACAUCGAGGCAUGGGGAGAAGUGAAAGAGAUAAGAGUAGAGGAAAGAGUGGAAUCAGAUCAUCAUCCGGUUAGCGUAAGAAUAGGUAGAGAGAAAAGAGAUGAGAAGAAAAGAUGGAGAAGGGAGACAAGAAAAAGGAUGGACUGGUCGGAAAAGGGAAGAAACACCUUCACCAGGAAGAUGGAUGAGCUAUGUAUUGAAGAGAGUGGGAUAGAGAAAAUGUACGAAGAACUCAGAAAGGCAGCGAUGGAAGCAACAUGCUGGAAGGAAAAGAGAGUGGGGAAAGGAGAUUGGGGCAGAUCAUGGUGGUGGGAUGAAGAGUGCAAGCUGAAGAACAGGGAGGUGAGAAGAGUGCUGAGGAAGUGGAGGAGAGGAGAGGUAGAAGGAAACGAAUAUAGGAAGAUGAAGAAGGAAUACAGGAAGUUAUGUGAGGGAAAGAAGGAAAUAGGAAGGGAGAGAUUGAUAGAAGAAGCGGAAGCAGCGAAAUCGGAAAAAGACGUCUGGAAAAUAGUAAAUAGGGAGCGAAGAAGAAAGAAAGGGAUAAAUGAAGAAAUAAGUAUGAAGGAAUGGAAGGAGCAUUUUGAGAAUCUACUGGAGGGUGACAAGCGGGGGGAGAGAUGGAAAACGGAGGAGGAGGGGAUAGAGAUGUUGAAGGGAGAUAAGAUAGAGAGAGUGGAAAUUAGCCAGGUAAUUAAGGGUCUGAAAAAAGGAAAAGCGGCAGGAAAAGAUGGGCUGGUGAACGAGAUGUGGAUCUACGGGGGAAAGGACAGAGGAAGCGAUAUGGAGGAUAUGUGAAGAAGUAUGGGAAAAAGG